UGUUGAAUGAAUGAACGUUCCCUAGUAGGCCUGCAUAAGGUGAAACUGUGCUUGAGUUUCUCAGCUAUUUCCAACAGAUGUCGGCCUGGGGGUGGUUAGGGCUGCUCCUUGGGUGAGGAACCAUGACCUUUAUCCAGAUUUUGACAUUAGUUUUCCUUCUCAGUGUGUUUGAAUCUCAGACAUUUCCUUGGCAAAACCCCUAUGUCAGUCACUUUGGCUCAGGGAGAGGAAAAACUAUAUAAUUGGCGAAUUUCCCCACACGAAAGACUCUUCCCAAUUCCUGUGACUGCUGGCCUGGGUCUAGGAUGGGCAGAGUUGUAUUUGUGGGUCCCCUAAGUCCUCUUGAGUGCCAAGUGUCUUCGCCUGUUGGGAAGCCCUGUGCUGGUCAGCAGCUCCUGCUUCCUGGGCUCACUGCUGUGAGCAAGCCUGUCCCCUUCCUGCUCCGGGGCAGGGGUCCAGGAGAAGCUGACCAUGUGUCCUGUCUGUGCCAACUCUUGGCGGUGGGAUCUCGGCACCUUCUUAACCACCUGUUGCUUCAUCCCCCCAUCCUAAAACUAGGGCAGUGCUACCCAGCGUGGCGGUGGUGGGGGUGUUUAGGCACUUGGCACAGAGUAGGUGCUCAGUGAAUGAUAUGCUGUGUUUGUUAAAAUGUGCCUUGGACAGCAAUGCAGGCCUGGGGAAGCAGGUGCAGAAGGGAGUCAGUCCAAUGAAUUUCAUGCUUUAUAAUCUAUGUUGUGUUCUCAAGUCAAGAAGCAGGAGGAAGCAGGCAUUGAGCCACAUUGGUGGCUGUUUACCAAGUGAAGGUAGCACCUGCUGCUAUGGCACAGCUGGUCUGAAAGACCAGGUUACUCCAUGUGAGAGCUUAGGGCUCAGUUUUUACAGUCACGCCAGGCAGACACACACAGAGAAGAUACUGUCCUCUUUGGGCAGCCUAGCUGGUCAUCACUCCAUGUAGGAAGCUCAUUUUGUGUGCUGAUAACAGAAAAGAAAUGGAAGAUUGGAUUGCGGCUCUAAAGACCGUCCAGAACAGGGAGCAUUUUGAGCCCACCCAGUACAGCAUGGACCACUUCUCAGGGACACACAAUUGGUAUGCCUGUUCCCACGCGAGGCCAACCUACUGCAACGUGUGCCGGGAGGCUCUGUCUGGGGUCACGUCCCACGGGCUGUCCUGCGAAGUGUGCAAAUUUAAGGCUCACAAGCGAUGUGCUGUGCGUGCAACCAACAACUGCAAGUGGACCACGCUGGCCUCGAUCGGGAAGGACAUCAUUGAGGACACAGAUGGGAUUGCCAUGCCCCACCAAUGGCUGGAAGGGAACCUGCCUGUGAGUGCCAAGUGCACGGUGUGUGACAAGACCUGCGGCAGCGUGCUGCGGCUGCAGGACUGGCGCUGCCUCUGGUGCAAGGCCAUGGUACACACGUCGUGUAAGGAAUCCUUGCUGACCAAGUGCCCGCUGGGCCUGUGCAAAGUGUCGGUCAUCCCACCCACGGCGCUGAACAGCAUCGACUCUGACGGGUUCUGGAAGGCCAGCUGUCCUCCGUCUUGUACAAGCCCACUGUUGGUCUUUGUCAAUUCAAAGAGCGGGGACAACCAGGGUGUGAAGUUCCUCAGAAGAUUCAAACAGCUGCUGAACCCUGCCCAGGUCUUUGACCUCAUGAAUGGAGGACCACACCUCGGCUUACGGUUAUUCCAGAAGUUUGACACAUUCCGGAUUCUGGUUUGUGGCGGGGAUGGCAGUGUUGGCUGGGUCCUUUCUGAAAUUGACAGCCUCAACCUUCAUAAACAGUGUCAGCUGGGCGUGCUGCCACUCGGGACAGGGAACGACCUGGCGCGAGUGCUGGGCUGGGGCUCAGCCUGUGAUGAUGACACCCAGCUGCCCCAGAUCUUGGAGAAGCUGGAAAGAGCCAGCACCAAGAUGCUGGACAGGUGGAGCGUCAUGGCGUACGAGACCAAACUGCCCCGGCAGGCCUCCUCCUCCACUGUCACCGAAGACUUCAGCGAGGACUCCGAGGUGCAGCAAAUUCUCUUCUAUGAAGACUCGGUUGCAGCCCAUCUUUCUAAAAUCCUGACUUCGGACCAGCACUCAGUGGUGAUCUCCUCGGCCAAAGUGCUCUGCGAGACAGUGAAGGACUUCGUGGCCCGGGUGGGAAAGGCCUAUGAGAAGACGACUGAGAGCUCAGAGGAGUCAGAGGUCAUGGCCAAGAAGUGCUCCGUCCUGAAGGAGAAGCUGGACUCGCUCCUCAAGACCUUGGACGAUGAGUCCCAGGCUUCAUCCUCGCUGCCCAACCCACCCCCAACCAUCGCUGAGGAGGCCGAAGACGGUGACGGGCUGGGCAGUGUCUGCAGCUCCACUGGGGACCGCGCGGUGGCAAUGGCCUGCCCCGCCCGGCCCCAGAUAUUCCGGCCCCGGGAACAGCUCAUGCUAAGGGCCAACAGCCUGAAGAAAGCGAUUCGCCAGAUCAUUGAACACACAGAAAAAGCCGUUGAUGAGCAAAACGCCCAGACCCAAGAGCAGGAGGGGUUUGUGCUGGGUCUCUCUGAGUCGGAGGAGAGGACGGACAACAGGGUGUGCUCACCACUGUCCCAGAGCGAGAGCUGUGGGGCCACCAAGGGGAGGAGCCAGCGCAAAGUGUCUAAAGCUCCCUGUGAAAAGCUGAUCAGCAAAGGAAGUUUAUUGCUGGGCAGCUCUGCUUCUCUUCCUCCCCAGUCGGGAAGCCGGGACGGCCUGCCCGCACUGAACACCAAGAUCCUGUACCCAAGUGUUCGGGCCGGCAUGUCCGGGUCCUUGCCUGGGGGCUCAGUCAUCAGUCGCUUAUUGAUUAAUGCUGAUCCCUUUAACUCCGAACCAGAAAACCUAGAGUGUUACACAGAGAAGUGUGUCAUGAACAACUAUUUUGGCAUUGGCCUGGAUGCAAAGAUAUCCUUGGACUUUAACAACAAGCGUGACGAACACCCAGAGAAAUGCAGGAGUCGAACCAAAAACAUGAUGUGGUAUGGAGUCCUUGGGACCAAAGAGUUGCUGCACAGAACCUAUAGGAACCUGGAGCAAAAGGUCUUGCUGGAGUGUGAUGGGCGGCCAAUCCCACUGCCCAGUCUUCAGGGAAUUGCCGUCCUCAACAUUCCUAGCUAUGCUGGAGGGACCAACUUCUGGGGGGGCACCAAGGAAGAUGAUACUUUCACAGCCCCAUCGUUCGAUGACAAGAUUUUGGAGGUGGUCGCCGUGUUUGGCAGCAUGCAGAUGGCUGUCUCUCGAGUCAUUAAGCUGCAGCAUCACCGAAUCGCCCAGUGUCGCACGGUGAAGAUUUCCAUCCUGGGGGAUGAGGGCGUACCUGUACAGGUGGAUGGAGAGGCCUGGAUCCAGCCCCCAGGGUACAUCCGGAUUGUCCACAAGAACCGGGCACAGACGCUAACCAGAGAUAGGGCAUUUGAGAACACCUUGAAGUCCUGGGAAGACAAGCAGAAGUGCGAGCUGCCCCGCCCGGCGUCCUUCUCUCUGCACCCAGAGAUGCUGUCUGAGGAAGAGGCCACCCAGAUGGAGCAGUUUGGGCAGGCGGCCGGGGUCCUCAUUCACAGUAUCCGGGAGAUAGCUCAGUCCCACCGAGAUGUGGAGCAGGAACUUGCGCACGCCGUCAACGCCAGCUCCAAGUCCAUGGACCGAGUGUACGGCAAGCCCAGAGCCGUGGAGGGGCUGAACUGCAGCUUUGUCCUGGAAAUGGUGAAUAACUUCAGAGCUCUGCGCAGCGAGACGGAGCUGCUGCUGGCCGGGAAGAUGGCCCUGCAGCUGGAUCCCCCCCAGAAGGAGCGGUUGGGGAGCGCUCUCGCCGAGAUGGACCGACAGCUCAGGAAGCUGGCGGACACCCCCUGGCUCUGCCAGCUCACGGAGCCUGGCGACGAGGAGAACGUGAUGUUGGAUCUUUCCAAACGCAGCCGCAGCGGUAAAUUCCGCCUCGUGACCAAGUUUAAAAAGGAGAAAAACAACAAGAACAAAGAAGCUCACAGUAGCCUGGGCGCCCCGGUUCACCUCUGGGGGACAGAGGAGGUUGCUGCCUGGCUGGAGCACCUCAGUCUCUGUGAGUAUAAGGACAUCUUCACGCGGCACGACAUCCGGGGCUCUGAGCUCCUGCACCUGGAGCGGAGGGACCUCAAGGACCUCGGCGUGACCAAAGUGGGCCACAUGAAGAGGAUCCUGUGUGGGAUCAAGGAGCUGAGCCGGAGCAGCACUGCCGCCGAGGCCUAGCCUGCGCCCUCUCAGCCUGCGUCCCCCGCCCCGCCUGCCACUGAGGCCCGGGCGCUGCCCCGCGCAGCCGCCCUUCCUAUGGUGCUACCGCUCCGCCAGCCUCGCGCCUCUCAGCGGCUACGGCUCGGACAAACCAACACAGCUACCUUCGAGACGCGUCUCCCACGGGGGCCGAAUGGGCAGACGUGACGCGCCCACUCCGGCCCUCGCCGGCUGCGUUGUGGCCGCGGGUACGGGCGGGCCUGGCUUCCAGCCCGGCCCCUCCCGCAGAACCGCCUGGCCACGAGCUUGAGUCACGCGGGCCUCCUGUCCGUGUGUCCCCACAGCCGCACCCGGGGCUCUGUCCCUGGCGCCGGCUCGCGGGGUGGGGUGAGGGCCCAGCCCACGGGGACCCUGCGCAGAACGUCCCGGCCUGUGGCUCCGCCGCAGCCACCACGCGGCCCUGCUGUCGUCCCUAUUUGUUAAUAAGGUGUUCUUUUAAACACUGUCCGCCUCUUUCCUGGUUUGAAAGUGGCACGGAUGUAUUUCCAGUAGUUCAUUUUAAUUUGACACGAGGAGAAAGAAAAGAUCGUUCCUGGUUAAGCCACGUCAACGGUCUCACGUUCCUGAGCUGAUCCUCGCGGCUCCCUCCAGCCGUGGGCGUGGGAUGCGCUCCCGCCCCUCCCUGCAGGUGCCACAGGCCUGUGAGGCCACCUGGGGCUGGGAGCGAGCUGGUGUCCAGCCCAGCCCCGCGGACGGAGGGCUCCUGAGCGGAGCCCUGGGCUCUUCCUGUCCCGCGGUUCCCGGGCAGUGUCCCGGGUCGGGAGCCGUCUGGGCGCUUCUUUCCAUUGGGUGGCCGGAGGCUGGUGCUGUCUUGAGAGUCUCUGCCCCUAUGGUGGCUUUUGUUUCCUGCUGUCCCUGGAGGUGUCGGCGGGACUGUGGCCCAGUGCCCACGCUGCCUCGCCUCUGUCCUCAGGUGUGAUGUCCCGGCCACGGGCAGGGCCAGCAGAUGGCAGUGCCAGCGGCUGGGGAGCUCCCCUAGGGAGAGGGCUGCAGCCCGGGGACAGUCCCCAGGUGGGGCGCACCCCUGGCCUCGCAGGCCCCGACUGCCCUCCCAUUCAGAGACGGUGUCGGCUUCCGUAACCCGGCCCUGGCACGGCACGGCCUGGCUGCCAGGCUGUGGUCCACAUCCCGAAAAGAAGGGCAGCGUCAGCAGUCUGUGGGGCCGUCCAGCCGUUCAUUUGUGUCGCCCUGUCUGACACGUGAGGAAGCCGGGCAGGAGUGGCACCCGGACACCCGCAGAGCCGGCUGGAUUCGGGCUGGGGCGGGGCAGUGCUUUGCCUCGCUUCCUUCCAGCCCUGUCUCGUGUCCGUCCUGUGGACCGGGUGGCUGCUCCGUGUGCUCUGGCCAGGCCCCGCCUCUGCGGCGUGGACGCACUCCCCAGGCCCGCCGUCCACCCUUGCGGCCACGCGACCCUGCCGUGAGGUGUUGGGCUAGGAGUCUUGGGUGGGAGAAUCUCCUCCUCCGUCCGCGGGCUGUGCUGCCUCAUUGGAAGUAACGUUGGGUGGGGGUGGUGUAUGUCCCCUUCCCUCUGGGAUUCUGUGUCCCACAGUGCAGCAUUCUAGGCGGGGGAGGUGGAGGAGGAGAGAAGCUGGCCACGGAAGUCACGGGACUGCCUGGGUGGAAGGGCUGAGGCGGGUGGCAGCAGCCGGUCUCGCAGCCCAGCGCAGCGGCACCCUGGGCCAUGUGGGGAUUGGGUGAGGACGGGCCACGAGGAGGGAAGCUGCCCGUGGAGGCUGCUGGGGCACCAGGCCCACCCCAAGUCCUUGGUGUCCUCUUGGGAAAGCGUAGGGUUUGGGUCAAUGGUGGUGUUGAAAAUUAACAUGUCGUCAGUGGUUACAACAGCACUGUUUACAUAAAAACCAUUUUUCUAAUUCUAACAAGUUAGAAGUGAAAAGGAAUGAGCAUGAAUGUUUAGGAAACUGCCUGUCGCGUGCUGGGCUGUCCCCACACUGUGGCGGUGUCCUGCCCUGCCCCAUGUCCCCUCGCGGUGUUCUGGACGGACUCACGGUCCUGUCCACGUAGAGGAGGAAGGAAGGAUCCCUGGAGAGUCUUGGAGAGAAGGCUUUGUGCCCUCAGGUGGGGCCUACCCUCAUAUUUAUAACCUUAAUUUAUACAGUGAGCGCCCUGGAAGUGAAUGCCUCUUGUAUUGUUAUGUACAUAGUCCACGCCCGAAUGCUGUAGAUACGUUGUUCUGUGUAUAAAUAAAACAAGCCUGUUUUUGAUCUUC